AUGUUUGUUCGUCUACACAGAGUUUCUAGAAUCCCUACGCUUCGGAACUCCUUUCGAUCCUUUUCAUCUGCGCAGGAGCAUCAACUGAACAUCAAUUUUGCCGUCAUCAAGGCGGAAGAAGGCAAGCCCUUUUCGGAACUCAAAGAUCACCCAGUCACGACGUUGCAAGGAAUUGGUCCCAAGCAUUCGGAACAAUUGGAACAAUUAGGAAUGAAAACAGUCAAGCAACUGGCCGACUACAAAUUCUACCAUCUAUCCAAGGCAAUUGAAACCUUGGCACAGACAGAAGAAACUGGAAAUCGAACCGAGACGUCCUUGCAGAAUCUAAAUAAGGGUUUGGACAAGGAAUUCGAAACGUAUACGCUCCAAAACUUGUUGGAGCAACCGGUUCAUGCUUUGCAAGGGCUGACACCCAAGGCGGGAGAAACGUUUGCGUCUUUGGGGGUCAAGACCGUUGGAGACUUGGCCAAUUUCAAGUACUGUCAGUGGGCGGAAGCCAUUGUGACGGCGGCAAAAUUUGAAGAAUGA